GGGCCGAGCCGCCAGGUUACGAGUUGGCGCUCAGGUUUCUGGAGUCUCAGCUUUUACCACCGCAGCCCUCUCUGAGCCUGUUGCUUCGUCUUUCAAUUGGGACUAGGAUUGAAAGAGACGAUGCGUAGAAAGCGCUUGGCACAAUGGAGGCCGUCAACAAAUGGGAGUUGUUGCUUUGACUAUUGUAAUCUGUUCAUUCCACAAACUUUCCUGGAUCUGGUGACUAAGCGGAGCGGGGGCCCUCACCCAGAAGUCUGAUUCCCUCGUGGUGUGCGAGGUGGACCCAGAGCUAAAGGAAAAGCUGAGGCAAUUUCGCUUCCGAAAAGAGACGGACAACGCAGCCAUAAUAAUGAAGGUGGACAAGGACCGGCAGAUGGUGGUGCUGGAGGAAGAAUUUCAGAACAUUUCUCCAGAGGAACUAAAAACAGAGCUGCCAGAGAGACAGCCAAGGUUCGUGGUUUACAGCUACAAGUAUGUGCACGAGGACGGCCGAGUGUCCUACCCCUUGUGUUUCAUCUUCUCCAGCCCCGUGGGCUGCAAGCCUGAGCAACAAAUGAUGUAUGCGGGGAGUAAAAACAGAUUGGUGCAGACGGCGGAGCUCACGAAGGUGUUUGAAAUCCGCACCACUGAAGACCUCACCGAGGCCUGGCUCCAAGAGAAGUUGUCUUUCUUUCGUUGACCUCUGGGUUGGGGAACUGAAAUCCUCAUGUCUGAAUUCCUGAAGAGACGGGGGACUCGGACCCCUAAGGACCUGAACAUCCGAAACCCUAAAGAAAUUAAAAUGCAAGAACUCCUCAGCAGGAGGAGUUUAAUUUAAAGAAAUUAAAAUGCAAGAGAUCCUCA